CAGCAGAAACACGGAAGCGGAAGUAGCGUGAGAAGAAUGAUGUUGCACUAAACUGUCAGUUACAUUUGUUUACAUCAGUCUUUAUUUUCACUUAUUGGUGAAAGCCACGCACUGGCUUACAGUGAGGCACUUCAAUCCAGUUCAAGACUCAAGCAUAAAGAAGAGAGUUUCCAUCAUAACGGUGGAAAUGAGGAGCUUUGUUUCCGGAGUUUUGUUUCUGCACUUCUUGCUGUUGGUUAUACCUCACAUCAGCUGCUGGAAUGAUGAGGCUUUGUUACUGCGUGAUGUUCAGGUGCUCACGCUCCACAGAGGACGCUACACCACUGCACGGCGCUCCAGUCCUGUUCUACAGCUGCAGUGUGUCGGAGGAUCAGCUGGCUGCGGAUCAUUCGUUCCUGAGGUGGUCCAGUGUUACAACAGAGGAUCAGAUGGCAUAGACACACAGUGGGAAUGCAAGGCGGACAUGGACAACGCGUACAGGUUCGGGCGCGUGGAGGUCUCCUGUGAAGGCUAUAACAGUCCCAAUGAUGCAUACGUGCUGAGAGGCUCCUGCGGUCUGGAGUACACGCUGGAGCUCACGGCAGAAGGGAGGCAGCAGCACACACACGGCUCCAAGGGCUCGUCGGGCUUCUCAGACUUCGCCUCAAACUUCUUCCAAGGCUUUUCCAAUCACAAGCAGCAGCAGAGCGGAGGCCAUUCUCCGCAGUCAAAUGGCCCGUCUGGUGAUGGAGUGGGUGGGCUUAUAGUGAUAGCGUUCCUUUUGCUGGUGGCAUAUGCUGUAUACAAGAUGUUUCUGUGCAGUCCUACUCACGGCCACCAAGGUUACAGAGGAGAUGGAUCCCAGGGAUACAGCGGGACAUGGGAUAACGGCCAGGGUAUGGAGCCGCCGCCGCCUGGAUUCAAACCAGAUUAUUACUCAGAAGACCAUUCCAGCUCAAGGCCCGGGUACGGCUUUUCUGACGAGUACACCAGACCUCAGAGUUCUUGGACUGGUUUCACUGGUGGAAACACCGGUGGACGUGGUGGGGGUGGAUUCUGGACUGGAAUGGGCACAGGUGGAAUUCUGGGAUAUUUGUUUGGGAAUCAGAGACGCCAGCCACCCAUGGGCUUCGCAGGCCCAUCUUACAACAACACACCUCCUCCAGCACCAAAAACAAGCUCAGGAACACGGACCGCCUCAGGUUUUGGAGGAACUAAAAGAAGAUGAUUGAGCAACCUCAGUUCUCAGAUUGGACGUGAUCAACAGACAUUACAACUUUUUAUUCAUACUAGUGUUCAUUUAUUGCCCAAGACUAAAUUAGAUAGCAUAUUAUUGCUUUGAUUGGUUUGUGGCUGUUCUCUUAAAACAACCUGCCUUUUUUCAUUAUGUGCUUCACUGUGGGUUUAAAAAACAAUACACCCAAAUACAACUGAUCUUACUGUUUAAGUGUUUAAUGCAGUUUCUUCUCAAAAGAAACUGUUAUUUAAAUGUUUUACAUUCUUAAGGACUUUAUUUUCUAUAUUUAUAGAUGUUAUAUAAAGAUUCUGUAUAAAUAUUCUGUAAUUUUUUUUAAGUCAACAUUAAAACGAAAUGGACCCUA